GAACGUCAAAAACGACGCCGUUAGACGUUCGAGCGGUCUAACGGUUAUUAUAUAGCCCCACCUACGUUCAAGAUGCUCAGAAUACAUCGUUCAUAUUCGCUCCAGAUUCUCAUCAUGCUACUCUCUUGCUCAAAGGGCUCUCAGACAUCCAACGUGCUCCCCAGAUGUGACCCUCUUUACGUUCCAUUUGCGUCUAUAAUAAGUAAUAGUAGGAUUGUUCGCUUGAAAGUUUCUAAUGAUAUUUAGCCAUACUCGUGACGUCGUCGCUUUAAAUGUCUUUCGCUGGAGGGCGGUGUUUCAGGAAGAGCAAGCUCUGUGCUCUAUCGAAUAGGAGAAAAGGCGCUAUACUUGAUAUUUUCCUUUCUCGCAAUAACCAAGCAUUACAUAAAAAUCCUCAAGUUUCCUGGGGUGACAGGUGUCGGAAAGAAUAAGGGAGACUUAUGCAUGUAUUUUCAGGUUAUGACUCCAACACUAAUAUUGUUGGUCUCGCUGCUUUGCUAAUGUCGUCUUUAGUGCUCCCACCUGCCCGAAACGGUUGCUGGGUCGGGAUUGAUUACCGGCCGGCAUUAGUCACUCACCGGUACACCGUCAGAGACCACCUCCGAGUCGGCACUCGUCAUGACUGACGCGAUCCCAAAGCUCCAUGCUGGCAAUCAAAUAUAUAAAAUAGUGUCGGAUCGCAUUGAAAUCUAGAAGUAAAUAAAGCUCAGACUUUGCAAUGGCUUCUGAAGCUGCCACGACGCCGGAAAACAUCAAGGAGCGGUUGAAAGCAUCCUACGAUGCCGUAGCAUCGAAAUACAACGAAUGGACACUUCCACAUUCCAAAAAGCGGAUGGAGUACCUUAGCAAAGCGCUGGAAUACCUCAACUUACCAGCCGAACCCGAGAAGAACCCCGCAUUUCUUGAGCUAGGGUGUGGCUGCGGACUUCCUGUCACUCAGAAGCUUUUGGAGACUCACCCCUCCGCAAGGGUCAUCGCGAACGACCUUUCGACCACUCAGAUAUCUAUCGCAAGAGAGAAUCUCAUCACAAACCCUGAAGAUGAAGUCGCGCAGCGCUUGGAGCUUAUCCCUGGCGAUAUGAGUGCUCUGACAUUCCCUAAUGAAUCGCUCGACCUCGUGGUGGCAUUCUACAGCAUCAUCCAUCUACCCCGCACCGAGCAGACGGCGCUGCUGGAGCGCAUCACGAAAUGGCUGAAGCCAGGCGGCUAUUUUGUUGCGAAUUUCUCAGCGAAAGAGUCAGAGAAUGCGGUCAGGGAGCAGUGGUUAGAUGAUAAGGAUUGGAUGUUCUGGAGCGGAUGGGGUCAGGAAAAGACGCUGGAGGCGAUGAAGAAAGCCGGGUUCGAGGUCUUGGUUGCGAAGGUUGAGACAGAUGCGGUUGAUGGUGUUUCUUUCUUGUGGACUGUUGCGAAGCGAUAGGGUAAUUCCGAAAUGAAGAUAUCUAGAUCAUUUAUGCCUUUACACCACGGAGCAUUGAUAGUUUCACCGACGAUUUUCCAGAUCUAGAUGCAAUGCGCAUGUAAUAGAUACCUCGACUUGGUCCCUUCUACUUACCCGAAGGCAAUAUUUCGCUAUCUCUUUCUCCCUUCUCUCUUCUGAAUAUAAGCGACGGUUGAAAUUGUCAUGCAGGCAUCAAGCCUCGGAGGCAUAACCAUACUCGAUACUGACUUCGCUCUAUUCAAUUGCAUCGUCAAGCAGCGAAGCUCAAUACUUUCUGCAUUCUUAUGAUGUCUUAAGACGCCCCUGAAAAAGAACCUCUUAACGGCGCAUAGUCUAACGACAUAUAUCUGUAUAAUACGUACAUAAUACGGCAGGCCACAGUUCUGAUUAGGAUAUAGCAGGGAUGCCUAAGUGGA